AGGAAAAGAAAUGCGUGCCGUUUUCCGUCAGCCACAGAACAGCUAAUUUAGAUAACGUGUUGUUUUAUAUUAGCACUCGCCAACUGACCGCCGUCUCGGCGUGAUACGAUUACGAACUUUUUGAAGCCGAGCGACCGAGAGAGAGAGGAAGAGGGGUCAGAGAUGUAUCUGAAGAGGCCUAUAUGGAGCGAGGGCUCACCGGCGCCGGCGGGGCCGGAGGCGCUGGAAAACGGCGAGGAAUCGGCUGCGGAAACGGUGGUUGAGGAGCUCGUUAGCUCUCUCAAGAUGCAGAGAACCUACAGAGAGCUGACGCUGUCCCUUCGGACCGGUUUACGCGAUGCUUGCGCCGAGUUCUCCUUCCUCCGCAUCCGUGGACUCCGAUCUCUCCUCAAAUCUCUUCAAUUCGUUGCGCAAUCGGAUUCAACUAUCCACCUCUUUUGUCACACCCAAACCAUCCCCGAUCUCCAAUUGGUUCCGGUGCUGUUUCGGCACUCAUUGAGAGAAACUGAGGAUGACAGAGUGACAAGCUUGGAUCACAUAUUCAGCGUUGAGCCGAUGAAGAUAACGAGUCCUUCCACGGAUGCUGAAGUCGCCCUUGCACUUAGGGUUCUUGAAGGAUGCUGCCUUCUCCAUCCUCAGAACACUGUUUUGGCUCAUAAGCACAAUGCAAUCCGCGUAUUGAUGAAUGUGUUAUCAGCACGAGGAGUUCUCGAGCAAGGUGCUUGCUUGGACGCUUUGAUCUCAAUAAUGCUUGAUUCAUCAGCAAAUCAGGUGGAUUUUGAGGCCUGCAACGGCAUUGAAGAAGUUGCAAUGCUCAUACGAGAUAAACAAGCUGAUGAGAACCUCAGGUUAAAAUGCGGGGAGUUCUUACUUCUGCUCAUAGGGCAUGUGAACGGGAAGGAUCGUUCACCAAUGGCGAGUGUACACGACGACGUCCGGCGACUUCUGGGUGAAAAGUCUGCUUCUUUGAUAUGGGCAGCCAGUCAAUUUGGUUCAACCCUUGAUCCCGAACAAAGAAUGACCGCUCUCCAUAUUCAGGCCCGUAGAGUGCUCGAGUCCCUGGACUUGUACUGAAUGUGAGAGAGCUUCUUUCUUUCUGUUCAUUUGUACAAAUUAUCAUUCCUCUGUUAGUUGCUGACUGACCUUCCCUCUCUCUCUCUCUCUCUCGUUAAAAGGUCGUAAUUUCGACAAGUUUUUAAAACUUCUCUUUUGGGCUUAAAACCCAAAUAAAAAAAUCGAAAAUGAA